AUGCCCUCCCGACUGGGCACACGGGCACAUGGCUCUGACCCACUCUUAGCCCCCCUGGACUGCGGGACAGUGGGGGCUUGGGGGGGUGAGAGGGGUGUAGCCGGGGAUUCAGCAUCCUCCCUGAACCUCCCUUUGCCGUCAUUCGCCCAAAUCUCCGCUGGAGUUGCCGUUGAUGUUUCCCAAGGGGAAGUCGACGCGCCGACCAUGAAGAUCUCCUCCACAAGUUGUAAUGGGAGCUGGUACUCCUUCAUUACCAAGUACCAACCCGGCAUGAUAACCCCGGGCCACCGGCGCGGGGCGUCGAGCUCGUCGUCCCUCCACAGCCUGCUCCGGCCGCCGCGGCCGUCGUGGACGCGGUUCCUGCGGCCGCUGCUCCCGAGCUUCGUGGCGGACGCCGUGUUCCUCGACCACCACCGGCCGGCGCCGGCGUGGCGGGUGCACGCGACGUCGUACCUGGACGGGCUGCGCGGGGUGGCGGCCGUGCUGGUCUUCUUCUGCCACUACACCGAGAACAACUUCCGCUCGCUGACGCCGUCGUACGGGCUGGGGCUCGAGCCCGACCCGGACCUCCACCGCGUCGCCAGCGCCGACGCCUGGGUCCAGCUGCCCUUCCUCCGCGUCAUCUUCUCCGGCCGCCCCAUGGUCCACAUCUUCUUCGUCAUCUCGGGCUUCGUCCUCUCCUACAAGCCCGUGCGCGCCCUCCACGCCCGCGACACCGACCGCUGCUACGCCGCCCUGGCGUCCUCCACCUUCCGCCGCGCCUUCCGCCUGUUCGGCCCCUGCGUCGUCUCGACUUUCAUGGUCCUGUGCCUGCGCCAGAUGGGCUACCUGACCCCGGCCAAGGACACCCUCGCCGAGGAGUUCUGGAAGUGGAAGGGCGCCGUCUUCCACCAGAUCACCUGGCCGUGGGCCUGGGACCGCGACCUGCUGCCGGCGUAUGACAUCCACCUGUGGACCAUCCCCAUCGAGUUCGCCCACUCCAUGCUGCUGUUCCUCGUGCUGCUGAUGCUGUCGCGCGUGCGACUACGCGUGCGCAUGGCCACCGUGCUGGGCCUGCUGGGCUACUGCCUGGCCUGUGGCAAGUGGGCCGCGUUUGAGUUCCUCGCGGGCUUGUUCCUGGCCGAGGUGUAUGUGCUGCGCGCGGCGAGGGCCAAGGAGUGGGAGGAGGACUCGGAGACGCACCGGGCGCGGGACGCAACUAACUGGCCGCUCAAGAUCUUCCAGAGCUGUCUCGUGCUGCUCGCGCUGUUCAUCGCGGGCUGGCCCAACCGCGACGCCGAAGAGACGCCGGGUAUCCGCUAUCUCCUCGCGCAGACGCCGUACCCCUUCGCCACCAUGGACCGCCUGGCGCCGCAGAAGUUCUGGUUCGGCCUGUCGGCCGUGGCCAUGGUCUGGGCCGUGGGGGAGCUGGCCUUCCUGCGGCGCUUCUUCGAGAGUUCGUUCGCCCAGUACUGCGGCCGCAUCAGCUAUGCCGUGUAUAUCUGCCACGGGCCCGUGGAAGGGCUGCUCAAGGAGCGCCUGAUCGGGCACCCCCCGAUUCCGACGAGCGGGGAGCCCGGCGCGGAGGAAUAUCAGCCGGCUUUGCCCGCCAUGGGGAUUAAGGGGCUUAUUGGGGACGAGACCACGGCGCAGGUUUUGGUUGGCUGGGUGCUGGGGAUGUUUCUCCUCGGCCCCUUUGUGAUUUGGGCGGCGGACCUCUUUUGGCGGGGGGUUGAUAGCCAGGUGGUCACUCUGGCGAGGAAGCUGGAGACGGCGUGCUUGGACGACACGGAGCCGAGCCCCAGUAGUCAGGGGUAUUCGGUGGCGGCAUGA